AUGCAUAAGAUGAAGGUAUUCUGGGCUGCUGACUUGCCAUCCAGACUGAGGAAGACCCGAAAACUUUGGGGCCACAUGAGCCACGGCCACAGCCACAUUGUAAAGCACCAGAAGCACCCAGGAAACCAGGGUAAUGCUGGUAGUAGGAUACAUCACCAUAGGAUCAACUUAGACAAAUAUCCCCCAGGUUACUUUGUAAAAGUUAGUAUGAGACAUGACCACUUAAAGAGGAACCAGAGCUUCUGCCCAACUGUCAACUUUGAUAAACUGAGGACCUUAAUUAGUGAGCAGACAUGGGUAAAUGCCACCAAAAACAAGACUGGAGCUUCUCCUACCAUUGAUGUGGUGCGAUCCAGCUACUAUAAAGUUUUGGGAAAGAGAAAACUCCCAAAACAGCCUGUCAUCAUGAAGGUCAAAUUCUUCAGUAGAAGAGCAGAGACGAAGAUUAAGGGUGAGGAUGGCACCUUCAUUCUAGUAGCUUGA